UGGCUGUGACUCAAACAGCCAAGGCAGGAAUUUGCCGCCUGUGCGUCGGCUGCCAGCUUACAGCAUUCAGUCAUUCUCUCGAUGGGGUUACGCUGCUCAGCUGGUUUGAUUUGCACAAAGCAGUAACUGUCAGUGCAGGUCACAGUUGCAGCGUGAACGUUGUGUGAUUGAUUGAGCUCAGCAGGGAGGAGCGUAUCCGCACACACAUGAGGAGGGAGCGGACAUGGUACCCGGGGAGCAGGGCUGCUGCCCGCUAUACAUUAAAGGCAAAGGGCGGCCCCCGGGCACCCUGCAGGGGAGCUGAAAAAACAGAAGUCCUAAGUGAAGACCUGCUGCAGGUGGAGAAACGUCUGGAGCUGGUCAAGCAGGUUUCCCACAGCACACACAAGAAGCUGACCGCCUGCCUGCAGGGCCAGCAGGGCGUGGACGUGGACAAGAAGUCUGUCAGGUCACCCUCGAAGAAGCUUCCUCUCACGACACUCGCACAAUGCAUGCUGGACGGGGCGGCUGUGCUCGGGGACGAGUCUCUACUGGGGAAGAUGCUGAAGCUCUGCGGCGAGACGCAGGACAGACUCGCUCAGGAGCUCAUCUUGUUCGAGCUCACCAUCGAGCGAGACGUCAUCGAGCCCCUUUACGACCUCGCAGAGGUGGAAAUCCCAAAUAUCCAGAAACAAAGGAAACAUUUAGCGAAACUGGUCCUGGACAUGGACUCUGCGCGCACACGGUAUUACCAGUCCACCAAGUCUUCGGGACUGUCCAGCAACCUGCAGCCGACUGGAGCCAAGGCCGACCACCUCAGGGAAGAGAUGGAGGAGGCAGCCAACCGCAUGGAGAUCUGCCGGGAUCAGUUAUCAGCAGACAUGUACAGUUUUGUGGCCAAAGAAAUUGACUAUGCAAGCUACUUCCAGACGCUCAUAGAAGUCCAGGCAGAGUACCACAGGAAGUCACUGGAGCUGCUUCAAAGUGUUCUGCCCCAGAUCAAAGCUCAUCAGGAGACCUGGGUGGAGAAGCCAUGCUACGGCAAGCCAUUAGAGGAGCACUUAGCGCUCAGCGGGAGAGAUAUUGCUUUUCCCAUCGAGGCCUGUGUCACCAUGCUGCUGGAAUGUGGCAUGCAGGAGGAGGGUUUGUUCAGAGUCGCUCCUUCGGCCUCUAAACUGAAGAAGCUGAAGGCGUCUCUAGACUGCGGGGUGUUAGAUGUUCAGGAGUACUCAGCAGACCCGCACGCCAUCGCAGGUGCUCUGAAGUCCUACCUGCGUGAGCUCCCUGAGCCGUUGAUGACAUACGAGCUCUACAACGACUGGAUCCAGGCCUCCAACGUUCAAGAUCAAGACAAGAGACUGCAGGCUCUCCUCAACGCCUGUGAGAAACUUCCGCCGGCCAACAACAACAACUUCAAGUAUUUGAUCAAAUUCCUUUCCAAACUGACUGAAUACCAGGAUGUGAACAAGAUGACGCCUGGAAACAUUGCGAUUGUCCUCGGACCGAACCUGCUGUGGAUGCACAACGAAGGGAACAUCACAGAGAUGAUGACCACAGUUUCCCUGCAGAUCGUCGGCAUCAUCGAGCCCAUCAUCCAGCACGCUGACUGGUUCUUCCCUGGAGAAAUCGAAUUCAACGUCACGGGGAACUACGGAAGCCCCGUCCACACCAACCACAAUGCCAACUACAGCUCGAUGCCGUCCCCGGACAUGGAUCAGAUCGAUCGAAGGCAGAACGACCAGAGUCGACGGCCGCUCAGCGUCGCCACAGACAACAUGAUGCUCGAGUUCUAUAAGAAGGACGGCAUUAGGAAGAUACAAAGCAUGGGUGUCAGGGUGAUGGACACUUCUUGGGUGUCGCGCAGGGGCUCGUCUUCCACGCGUAAAUGCUCUUCCACGCCGCCGAGCGUGCAUCCCCCUGCCCCGCCCACUGACGCUCCCAUCCCCGAGCAGCCUGGGGAAUUCUCUGCCUCCCCCUCCCCCACCCCUCCUCCCACUAGCAGUGACCGAGCCAGCUCCGAUGAUGCAUCCUCCAAUUGGUCGGACUCCUGUUACGCCUACCCCUCCCCCGAGGAGGAGAGGCUGCCCCCCCCUUACCCCUCCUCCUCAUCUUCCUCCUCCUCCUCCUCUUGCUCUUCCCAUUCGUUCCCUCACCACCAUUUCUACACCCGAGCACCUCCGGGUAUGCGCCCCGUCGCUCCCAGUCCCGAGCCUCCCGGCCCUUCCCCUCCCCCUCGCCGCUCCGGCUACAGCCCACCCCCACUCCCCCACUCCCUUUGCCCGUCCCCUCAGCAGCUUGACGUCAACUCCAACCCCAAACCCAACUCCUUGCACCUGCCCAAACAGGCCUCCCUGUCCGACGCUCCGCAUGCGGCCCUGGCCGAAACGAAUGGCUCCACCCUUUACAUCAAACCCCCGCUCGUCCUUACUCGUCACGAUCUGCUCCUGGGCUCCCCCAAACCCCCCAACACCCCCCUGCCCGCUCCCCCUCCGUGGGCAGCCUGUGCCUGUAGCCGGGAGAAAGGAGCCAAGCUGAAUAGCACUCUGAAGAACAAGGAGCUGUCUCCGGUGAUCGGACAGAAGGGGAUCCAGGGCUCGAUGCCCUCUAGUGGACAGUCGCAGCACUCUGAGCACAGCCCACACACCCUGAGGAGAGCCAAGAAGCUGGCGCCGACCCCACCUAAAGGCCCUUACUGCCAGACAGGAGCCAUGUCUGACCAGUCGACAGGUCAGCCGUCUCCCGUCAGCCUGUCGCCCACUCCUCCCAGCACCCCCUCCCCAUACGGCUUCAGCUACCCACAGGGAUACGCCACCAUCGGCUCCCCGGGACAGAUGGCCCAGAUGGCCACCACCCCGUCUCUCUCCUCUCCGCCCUCGCUGGCGGGGACUCUCACCAAGGCCAGGCCGACCCCGAAGCCGCCCCGACAGAGGCCCAGCUUACCUCCUCCUCAGCCCCCCAGCACGCCGGGCAGCAGCCCCCAGCCUCUGGAGCAUUCAGCAGGUCUGCUGGAUGGUUUGUCUCCUGGUGAGAGCAUGUCCACAGAUUCUCUCUGCAACUUGGACAUCCCCAUCAUUGACAUGGAACUGGACAGUAUCUUUGACUUGACCCACAUCUCCCCCUUCAGGAACUCGGUGGCGCUGCUCGAGUCGACCGGCGGCAGGGCGGAGGAAGAGUCUGAGAGCACGAUGCUAUGACGCCACUGAGUUCCCCCCGCCGGCCGGUUGAAUGAGACCGGUACGGCUGCACCCUCUCGCUCAGUCCUUUCACUCAGCCGGAUGACUUCAGCCUUGCGCUGCAUCUCAUCGUCACACCUCACCUGUUGUCGAUCCAGACGGCCGGACGUGUAAAAUAGCAAAAUAAUACUCCUAAAAGAAAUGUACCUGCUCACGAAAAUUACGAGGUGUUAGUUUUUUGGUUUUCUUUUUUUUUUGUGAGGGGACUUAAGAGCAGACACACAAUUUGACAUGUUACGUUGGCUGAAAACAUGCUCUUCUCUUCAUUUAAUGUUUUCUGUUUCAUUUUGCCUUAUUUGAUUCACUUGCAAUACUGCCUUUAACUUCACACUCGAGACCAGAAACGGGCUGCUGGGAGGAACGCCUGCUCUCUGCUGCUGCUGCUGCUUCCCGCCAGUGAGUUUUAGACGAAAGAAGAACGCAGGACUGCUCACCUGUCCUGCCAGCACUUCGCCUUUCGUCCUCGUUCCCUCGCUGUCCACCUGACAUCUCAGCUUCCUCCCUCGUCCCUCGGGGGUGAAGACACUUCGCUCCUGCAUGUGGUGGCCACAAACCCCAAAUUUCUGUCCCACCUGAGCGUUCACUGUGAGUGUGCCAGUAUGUCGCGUUGGAAAGCGUGUGUGCGUGUGUGUGUGUGUUUGGUAAUUGUACUAUAUGAUGUUGCACUGUUGUUGUCGUGGCGCUUAAACAGGAAUGCAUGUUUUAGACAUUUAGGAAAAUGUCAGCCAGGUUUGCAAAGAGGUUAAAUGCCCAAUCACACUUUUCUCUGUAUUUACAAGGCAUUUGAUCAGGAUAUCAGCUGAAUAUUUAUUGUUUAUACUGUACAUUUUCAGAAUAUAUGAUACAGUUAACACUAUGAGUCAAAGCAGAUCUUAUUUUGUAUGUACAGGAGAGCUAUAAAGAUACCAUUUCCUCCAGAUAGAUUAUAGUUGAUGUUGUCAGGGAGCUGUUAAAUAUAUGAGGUUCACAGUUUAGGACGGGUAUUGAGCCGAGAAGUGAGAAACUCUGCGUGAUCACACAGUUAUGUUGGCAGUAAGCUUAGUCAUGUGGGCUUUUCAUGUCAAGUAAGGAGAAAUUUGGGUUUGAAGAUGCGAGGGACUACGACGUGCAGGUUUGGUACUGCGGUGCCUGGACUGUGCCGCCACAGCGUUUGCUUAAAUGAUUGUAGGAGCCAAUCAGAGCUCCUGCUGCUGCCCCUCUGUGGGUUGGACUGUGCUUAAUGCACCACAACACACUGUAUGAAUGCUGCGGCUCUAAUUAACUCGAUGAAUGCAUUUCAUUCAUCGUGAGAUUCUUUCGUUUGUGGAUUUUGUUGUUUUUUUGCACUUUUUCAAGUUGGCUAGCUGGCAGUCUUGUACUUCUCUGCCUUUAUGGGCUCAAUGCUAAGCUGCUAAGGUUACUGACACCAACUAUGGAUCUCAGCAGCAGGAUUUGAUUGUUUUGUCCCACCUAAAUUGCUUUGCUUGUGUCACUUUGAGUCCUGAGUCAGGUGUGCACCCACCUGAGGUGUGUACUGCGAGGCAGACCCGACACACCUUUUCAUAAUCUGGAUUCUAACCCAAACUGAACACAUAAUCCAGGCUAAAAGCCGCACAGUUCACAAACUGACACUGUGAUGGUGCACUUCAGGCUCCGUAUGGGACAACCUGUUGCAAACACGUUGGCAAAGUGUCACUGAGGUGUCACAACAUCCUGUCCUAUGGUAUAAAAGAACUGAAAAGAGUCCCAGUCCCAGAAAAAGGUGCUAUUUUUGUCAGGAUCGACUGCAGCCCCCGUGGACAAAUAAGCACACUUCAUUCCUGACAGCUCUGAGGUUCAUCCUCCUCCCUGUUACACUUCGACCCCGUCUGAUGAGGCUGAUAUUUUUGGUCAGUGAACCAGAGUCAAGUGCAAAGAUGAUGUGUGUGUAUAUGUGUUUAUUUUGAAGAGAGUAUUUAUACAGAUAUAUUUCUGGGUACUUUUUACUGGGUCUGAAGAGGCGCGUUCGAACACGGGACCAGAAUCCGCUUGCUGUCGCACCAAAACCUCUUCAGGAACCGGAGGUUUUGUUCGAGAGAAAACGUGAAAAUCGGUAAAACUCGAGGUUCGCGUGCGGCAGCAGCAGUUUGUUAUUCGCCUUGUGGUGGGUUUUGUUGGGACAUGUCCAGAUUUGUAAGACUUUUCCUUUUCGUCCUGAGAACAUCCACUACACAUGGCCUCAAAGUCACUGUGCUGCUCCGCCAUCCUCCUCCUCUGACUUACUCACAGGACUUUUGUAGGGAGAAAUUUAAAUAUAUAUGGAUAUAUAGAUGUAGAUAUAUACAAAUAGUGUAUUGAAAAAUAUAAAAGAAGAACAUUCUAACGUUAUGCUGUACAUGUAAUAUUAUGACGUUGCUGGUUCCAGCACAAUGUUGUCACAUUCACACAAAAAUAGCAUCAAGAAGGUUAAAACUCGAUGCAGCAGCUGGCGAAGGCUCAGGAUCUUCUGAGUAGAAACAGCUGAUGGUGCUUGUGUUGCAGACGAAUGAAGCUCUUGAACCCUGACUUCACUUUUACAGUGAGAGGAAAUGAUGUGCGUUCUGAUUACUUUUCGUUCCAGUACGUCAUUGCAUCUACAUCACGUCUGAGGGAGAAUUCAAGAUAUCAUGUGCACCAUUUUAUUUGUUUUCUCACAGUUCAGCCUGUUUGAUAUUCCUGAAGAUGCUCUGCGAGAACUUCAGAGAAUUUCCUGCGGGUUUGCACAGCGUUUGUCCACACAGCGUGCAGCUGCAGUGACGGAUCAGCAGUCAGAUCCAGCAGGGUUUGAGAGGUUAAAACUGCUGCAUCACCUCAGUUACACAAAAUGCGACACAUGAUGUUUUCACAAAAACUACAGAAUCAUAAGACUUUCAAAAAGAAACUUUUUCUACAAUUUAGGGCUGCAACUGAUGCAAAUAUUCAUUACUAAUUAAUCUGCUGAUUAUUUUCUUUGUCAUUUGGUCUAUAAAAUGUCAGAAAAUAUUGAAAAACCACCACCUGACAGACUGAAAUCUUCAGUUUCUGUGCUUUCUCUCACACAGGAUGAAGAAAAGCAGGAAAUCCUCACACAAAAAAUUCAGACAUUGAGAGUCAGUUAUCAAAGCAGCUGCUGCAGCUCUGCUCUCACACCAGUCACUCAGUCCAGUCAGACCAUCACAGCAUGAAAUGCUAUCGCCAGUAUUUAUCAUUUUAAUAUUUAAAGAAAAAAAAGUGGACCACAGAAAUGUUGUUGUUGAAAUUUGGCUGUGCUGAGGUGAACGAUGCGUCCUGUCUUUGUCCUCGUUUUGUACUAAAGGGUUUCAGAUUGAGGCUUGUACAUACAGUAUCCUUCAAACACAACUUUAUCAACAGCAACAGUCCCUUGGAGCACUAAAAUACGAAGGCCUUGUUUUCUACACAAAUAGGUGGAAUGUACUGGUGAUAGUUCACCUCGUAGUCGUGAUAAAGGCAGAUUGUGUGUGUUGUGGACGUAGUUUCAAGUGAAAGAGGGUGUGGGGUGUUGAUUCGACAUUGUCCUGUGUGAAACCCAGCAGCAUGCUUUUUAACCAUGCCUAUGAAAUACGUCCCACCUUUGGUCCUGUGUAAAUGUGCUUGUAUUUAUUUUUCAUAAGUGAAUAGAUCGAACUUUCUAAAAGAAGAAGAAAUCAGUGAUGCCCUUGACCUUUUUCCAGUCAAACUCUCCGUGGAUUCUGCUAACGUUACGACAAACAUUCAUGAUUUACUGUUUGUUUUCACCGUGUAUCUUCUGUGUUCCAUCAAUACACUCUUUUUUAACUAUAGCAAAUAAGGAAAGCACAUCCAGCUGCUGAAUCUCCAGCUAACUGGAGGACUAAAAUGUCUUGAAUGGUUCAGAAACACUGAAAUUCAAAACGUGCUGCAUUCUGGUUUGAUGUGACCCAUACAGUCUGUAGAUGACACUGUGGUGCAUGCAGCCAUUUCAAGAACAACAACAGUCAUCUUUGUUUUGUUUUCUGUAGUUUAAGUUCAGAGUAAUGGGGGCCAAAAUAAAAAAGGGAACACAUAGGAUGAUCGAGUUAAAAGUUCUUUAGUGUCAGACUGCGGUGAUGCUGUGGACUCUUUAAAAAGUUUUAAAGAGUAAAGAGGAGAAGCCUUUUCUCACACAUGCUGUCUCCCAGUCCCCAGGUGGAACACAGUGUACAGUCUCAGAUGAAAAGAAAAUUAACCUCAUCCGAAUGUUCAAACUAUUAAAAACGUUUUUAUAUUA